AUGGAGAUCUACCAACCGGAACACCAGGACGAACUUUGCCAUCCUCCAGGCUGGAUUCAGCUCUUAAAGGAACAAGGAGCGGGAUGGAAUAGGACCAACAGGGGCGCUUCAGUUCCUAAUCCCGCGUCCUUUUAUGAUUAUUGGUCAUCUGGCACAGAUAUCCAGUGGCUUGAAGCGAGGAGGAAUCAACAAGAAGAGUCAGCUACUCGAAUAACAAAUCGUUUCUCUGGACUUGAACUAGAGGAGGUGCAGAACGAAGAUGAGGAUUCAGAGUCAUGGGACGACUUGGAUUUCUCUGAUAUAGAUGGAGACUCAGCAACCGGAAGUAAUACAUCUGACGACGAAGAAACAAGGGCAUUGAAACAGUUCAUGAUGCUCUCUGGCCUUGAUCAGUUACCCGAUAUCCCCUGCUCGGAUCGGCCACUGGACGACCUUCUAGCAGAUCCACUUGUCUGGAGGAUGUCAAUGGUGGAAAGGGGGCGCCUCUCAAAGUCAUGGAUGGGCUCAACACGCCAAUACUUCUUCCAGAGGAAGAGGCAGUCAUUUUCCGAUCUCAAAGAAAAGUAUGAAUCUGCCAAACAGGAAUACGAUGAUUGUUAUGCACAG